AUGGCAAAUAUGGGAAAAUGGCAAAUAUGGGAAAAUGACAUAUGGGAAAAUGCAAAUAUGGGAAAAUGCAAAUAUGGGAAAAUGCAAAUAUGGGAAAAUGAAAAACAUAAAUAUGAUAAAAACGUAAACAAAGGAAAAACGAAAAAUUGGGAAAAACGCAAUAAUGGCAAAAAAGCAAAUAAGGGAAUAACGCAAAAAUGGCAAAAUCGCAAAUAUGGGAAAAACGCAAAUAUGGCAAAAACGCGAAUAUGGGAAAAACGCAAGUAUGGCAAAAACGCGAACGUGGGAAAAACGCAAGUAUGGCAGAAACGCAAAUAUGGGAAAAAUGUAAAUAUGGGAAAAACGCAAUCAUGGAGAAAACGCAAAUAUGGGAAAAACGCAAAUAUGGGAAAAACGCAAAUAAGGGAAAAACGCAAAUAUGGGAAAACCACAAAUAUGGGAAAAACGCAAAUAUGGGAAAAACGCAAAUAUGGGAAAAACGCAAAUAUGGGAAAAACGCAAAUAUGGGAAAAACGCAAAUAUGGGAAAAACGCAAAUAUGGGAAAAACGCAAAUAUGGGAAAAAUGCAAAUAUGGGAAAAAUGCAAAUAUGGGAAAAAUGCAAAUAUGGGAAAAACGCAAAUAUGGGAAAAACGCAAAUAUGGGAAAAACGCAAAUAAAGGAAAAACCCAAAUAUGGGAAAAACGCAAAACAGGGAAAAACGCAAAACAGGGAAAAACGCAAAACAGGGAAAAACGCAAAACAGGGAAAAACGCAAAACAGGGGAAAACGCAAAACAGGGGAAAACGCAAAACAGGGGAAAACGCAAAACAGGGGAAAACGCAAAACAGGGGAAAACGCAAAUCAGGGGAAAACGCAAAACAGGGGAAAACGCAAAACAGGGGAAAACGCAAAACAGGGGAAAACGCAAAACAGGGGAAAACGCAAAACAGGGGAAAACGCAAAACAGGGGAAAACGCAAGACAGGGGAAAACGCAAAACAGGGGAAAACGUAAAUAUGGGGUAA